ACAGUUUGCAGGGUGUUAAAAAAAGAAAGAAGAGAUCAAGAGAGAGAAGACAGCGAUGUGUGAGUAGAGAAAGAAAGGAGAACAUGUGAGUACGCAACAUAAAAUCUAAAUUUUCAUGUUUUUCUGCUCAUUUCAGAAAGUUUUAAUGUCGUUGUAAAACAUCAGCGUUUUCUGUGUUUUUAAUGAAACCUACCUGCUGGCCUCCAGGGCAGUCCACAGUCCGAUGAAUGGGACCACAGCCAUCCCCUGGAGGAGCAGCAGGAAGAGAAGACUGUCUCUCCUGGAGCAGCUGAAGGGGUGCCAGGAAGCCUGGUGUCCCGGGACACCCUGGGACCGAGAGAAGGCCCAGACUGUCCUCUGUGGGACACCUGCUGGGAGUUUCCUGGUGCUGCGGGAUUCUGUGACGUCUGAGCCCAGCCUGCUGUGUGUGUCUGCAGGGAAGACCAGUAAAGACGUUCUUCAUCAUAAAGUCCAACACACGGGCUCAGUCUUCCAGCUGUCCGAGUCUCGUCUGUCUUUUUCUGAUUUGCCUCAGCUGGUGCUUUUCUACUCCCUGAGCAGGGAUGUGUUGUCUGUCUGUCUGACUGUUCCUCGUUGGAUCUACAGUUUAACUGAGAUGAACAAAGACCAUCUCUCUCAGCUUGAACCCGAAACAUGGCUUUCCACACCACCUGAGAUACAGACUGAAGAGACGACCAACAUGGAACUGAGUAAUGUGAUGUGUUCCAUACAGCUGACUUCCACCAAUGGGGCCCUGUGCAUCAUAAAUCCACUCUACCUCCGUGACCACGGAGAUGACUGGCUGACUCACAGAACAACAACCACACAACAAUCAAAUUACAGACGGGAUCGCCGCCUCAGCACCACCCGAGCAUGGGCAGGGUCGGGGCUACAAAACAAGCGAGCCGUGUCCCUGGAGCAGCAACCCGCUGCUGUCGACCCAGAGAGCUCAGGUCUGAUAAGAGCCCAGUCAGCCGAAUCCUCCUCCACCCCAACGACACCAACAGGAGUGGUCCUGAGGAGGCCCAGCAGGGAUUUUCCCAACAGCUUUCCUCAAAGAGCGAGCACAGGGAGUUAUUCUGCUCCCCCUACCCCAGGAAGCAACACACCUGAGCUGCAUCGACACAGUAGCCCUGUGCCUCAGUCUCCUCACCGGGUGUCCUGGAUUGAAGAUGGGUUCUGGCUGCCUCCACCCAGACCCUUGUCAUUACUCCAUCCUCCGUCACUGGAGCUGGAUUCACUGUCGAUCAGCAGUAUAGAGGAGGAGCAGGAAUCCCACAUCCCGAGCCCCUCAUCCCACUCUCUGCCGCCAAACCGUUUGGCCAAUAAAGUCAUAAACCGUCUGUCGGCUGUGGGUCAGGCGCUGGGGGGGCUGGUGUCCCAGAAGAAAAGACUGACCAAUCGGGUGCAGGAGCUGAGUGAGAGGAAGGGCGGGGCCUUCGCUGAAGCUGUGAAGGGAUUUGUGGAAUUGACUCUGAAGGGAGGUACAGACCCCAGCGCGGCGACGGGGUCAGAGUUCUUACAGGAAGUGAGGUCAUCACUUACAUCCCUGAAAGAGACACUGCUGGACUACCCUGAGAUCCAGGCUAUCCUGGACAGCAUCACGGACCUUAAUGACUUGGAGAUCGGGGGUUACUACCUUACAACUCUAUAUGCUUCUCUCUACUACAUCAGCAGCUUCAGACCACGACUGGCUGCUCGUCAGCUCAGCAUGGAGGCCCAAAACUCUAUUAACCAAUGGCAUCGCAGGCGCACCCUGUACUGCAACCAAGCACGCCGCAGCAAGCACCGACGGACGAUUCGCAGGCAGUCAUAUAGAGAUCAGAGCAGCCAGAGCUCUGAGACAGAAACUGGCAACAAGACUGAAAGUGGAAGAGAAACGGAUUCUGAGAGCGCCGAUGUUUGGGAGCAGCAGACAGGAAGAAGCUCAGAGCCUCUGCAGACUAUGAGGGAAAACACACAGAGUGACGAACACAAGGAUGAAUCCCAAACAUCAGACUGUCAACCUGCAGCACGGCAGGAGGAGACAACCAGCCAGCAGGAGGAAGAUCAAACUGUGUGUGGAGCUGAAGAGGAACAGUGA